CGAACGACGUCGCGGGUAGCCGCGGCACGUGGGCGCCGAUAAACUCCCGCCGUCGACAAGAGACAAGUGCGCCGAAGGACCGAGUGCUCCUUUCGCCGUCCGGUAACCGCAUCCCGCCGCGCGCAGCCCUGACCUUCCUCAAGAUUCCGCCACGCGAGUUUCACAAAAUGUUUCAACGAGGUGGAAGUCGCGCGACCUUUAGUCGUCCGUGAAAGAGUUAUCUUCAAGUUCGGACCAUCUUCCGGAUCCGAUUUGUUUCCGGAAUUCGGGAAUCCCGCCGCGCGAGUUUCGUCAUUUUUUUUUAUUUUUAAUUCAUGGAACUACCGCCGCGCGUUCAACAAUAGAAGAUCAUCGAGGAUUUUGUGGGUUCUACUGAUUAAUCAUAACAACUUGGUGAAGAUGGAAUGAUUUUUAUUCGCUGAAGAGAUUCUACAGAUUUUUCUAUAAAAGUGAUCGAACUUUAGACAGAUUACUUCUCCGGAGAAAAUUGUACGCUCGUAAAAAGGACAAAAAGCUACAUCAUGCUUAUCUAAUGAUAACGGUGUCGUCCGCGAGUUCCAGUUAUCAGUGUCGCUUGAUUGCGACUUUCUUCGCCGGCUGACGGCCGAUCGACCGCUAACGAUCGUUCUCCAUCGAUCGCAAUGCGGCUACAAUGACAUCUCAUCCGGGCAUCGCUAUGGCACCGACACAUCGCGUUAGGCGGUAGCGAUUGAGUGACCAAUCGAUUAAGCAUCUCUUCGAAUCCUCGUACAGGAGUUGUUUCAUCGAUCGCUUCGAUCCUCUCGUUCGACGACUCUCCUCUCUCUCUCACUCUCUCUUUCUUUCUCCAACGCAACAUGUGGCGGGUGGUGGUCGCGCGCUCCGACGACAACAGCACCCUGCUGUCCUCCGAGAUCACUUCCGGCGCGGUCGCGCCCGGUCACCUUUCGACGCUGUCGGCGCCGCCGUCGGGUCAUCAUUGGGGUUACCCGCCGCCGCCGCAUCAUCCGCCGUAUCAGCCGCCUCCGCCGCAGCACCCGGACAUGCGUCACCAUCACGACAUGCGUCCACCCGCCACCCACGGUGAGCUUCGGCACGCCAUCGCGGCCACCGGCGACCUCAGGGGUCAGGAGCUGCGACACGAGAUGCAGCGACCGGAUCUGCGACACCCGGCGGAGAUGCAGAGGCAUCAGGAGCUGUCCAGGCACGACAUCGCCAGGCAUCAGGACGUUCGGCACCAAGAAGUACCGGGCAUGAGGCCGGAGAUGCCGGAGCUGCGCUCCAAUCACGAGUUCUUGGAACUGAAGAUCGAUACGGAAUUAAGAAGUCAGGACAAUAGCCAGCAACAGCAACAACAGCAGCAGCAACAACAGCAGCAACAGCAACAGCAGUCGCAGCAAAGUCAGGGACAUCAGCAGAGAAGUCUGAAGAGGACCAUGAGCGACUCGGACUGCGACGAUGUGUUUUCAGAGGAGAGCGGCAAAGAGCCAUGCAACUCGCCCGGUGGAGACUCAUGCCAGCACGCGUCGCGGAAACGCAGGAGGGGGAUGAUCGAGAAGAAGCGGCGCGACAGGAUCAACGCGUCCCUCGGCGAGCUCAGGAGAUUGGUCCCGGCGGCGGCGAGGGAUCCUCACAGCGGAAAGCUGGAGAAGGCCGAGAUUCUGCAGCUCACCGUCGAGCAUCUGCGUACGCUUCGCAAUAAGGGACCAGAGGGCUACGACAGCACGAAGCUGGCAAUGGAUUACCACGCGGUAGGCUGGGGCGAGUGCGCCGCCGAGGUGGGCCGCUACCUGGUGACCAUGGAGGGCCUGGACGAGAGGGAUCCCCUUCGGCUGCGCCUGCUGUCGCACCUACAGAGCUUCCAUCGCGAACAUCCCCCGUCGGCCGUGGCCUCGGCGGUGCCCCCGGCUUCCACGACGUUGACGUCCACCUCGACAGCCAGCAGCUACGAGCCGCCACCGAGCACGGUCUCCACCGGGAUGCCGCCUGGUCCAGGUGCCAUGCCGCCGCUUCUGGGCGGCGGCACCCUCGGCUGGGGCCAGUACCCGGGUCAGUAUCCCCAGCAGCAACACGGGAAGCCUUACCGACCCUGGGGCGCGGAACUGGCGUACUGACCGUGAACUCUUGACGCGCAAUCGAUGAAGGUUCGGCGCGAGAGUGGUAAAAUCCGACCAGUGUAACAUUUCAACGAUUUCACAAUUUUUCCUUUUCUUUUAUAUAUUGCAGUUUUAUAUAUUAAAUAUGGUAACAUAAGUAGACUGGAUACAUCGAACACUUCCGCAAAUGUCUGUAUUUUCCGCGAACGUGGAGAAGGAUGUAAAUUACCACUCUUUCGCCGAUCAGUUUAUAUGUGAAACUUAAUUAAUUAUGGCGAUAGCGUGUAUUCGCGCUCAUGUUGAUAGUUGUUUCUUUUUCGAGGAUUUGUUAAUAGUAAAGUAUACGAUUUGUAAUAUUUACAAUUAGCGGAUAUCGUUACAGCAAGCAACGUGAGCGGCGAAUUUUGCCGUUUUCGUGUACAUACAAUAAUAUGCAUUUUGUACAACAUUUUGACACUUCGAACGUAUCUCAGGAACUUCCACAACGAUCAAAUCGAUGUAUUUUCAAUGAGUGAGAUAAUGAUAGUCAUGCGAGUACCUAACUAAAAAAAAAAAUAUUUAUUGAUAGAAAAAAAAUUGUAUAUAUAAAUUGUACAUACGUUCUGUAAAUAAUGAGAAUUUUCGUAAUUUUAUCGGAUAUCUCGUGACCGGCUACUCCGGUUUUUUACGCGUUUCGCCGUUUGUCAUUCCACUCGCGCUCGUCACGGCGCGAUAAACGAUUGCGCGAGCCGUGUAAAGUCCAGCGCCAAUAAAAAGGAAGGAAAAGAAAGAGGAACGGUCGUCAUACGCAUUCGCAACGUGCCAUUACGCAUUUCAGUAUAUACGUGUGGGAGAAAUCCAAAUAUUUUUGCAAUACGAUUUUGUAAUAAAGCGAUAACACGAGGAAUAUAAAUAUAGAACUUU